CAACCAUCUGGCAGCGCCACACGAAAAUGGCGAACACGAGCACUCCGAUGAACGACGAGCUGAAAAAAUAAUUAUUAUUUUAAAUUCCGUUUUGCCAGCGAAAUUCGGUGCGUGCGCGAAAAAGAGUGCGGAAAAGCGCGGUUGGUAAAUUUAAUCAGCGUAUUAUGAAGCGGUCAAAGUGCGGCCCCAAUCAGAAUGGAAAUGGUUAACACAAUAAAAUGAAGCAGCGACAGCGUGCCAACCAAGAAAAUCAAAUAGAAUAAAAUUAAAGUUUUUGCUAUGCGAAUUAUGAAAAACCAAUCGCAAUGCUUGUGUGUGUGUACGUGCGGUGCGUGCGCGCGUGUGUGUGUGCACGAGCGUAGAAGCAGAAGGCGCAGCGAAAAAUAAAAAUAAAAGCGAACAAAUUUAAUAAAAAGAAAAAGGUGAAUAAACGAAAAAGAGCAAAAAAAAAAAACAUAAGAAAAAAGGCAGUAGCACCAAAAACAACACAAAACUGGCGGUAAAUACGCAUGCAGUACAAAAAAAGCAACAAAUACGCAACGUAACGGGGACUCUUUGACGUAUUUCCUCUAUUAUUAUGCAAAAAGGCAGGCGGCAAAUUGCAGCAGCAGCGAAAAUCAAAUAUAAAUAGCGAAAAGCCAGGAUAUACACAACGUGUUGAACACGCGCAAACAAAACAAAUCAAACAAAAGCCAGCGAAAAGAAUUCAACGAGUGGGCUUCAAAUAGAAAAAAAGAAUCCUUUAAAAUGGCAGCGGUACGAGGACAUCAGUAUUUCAGUCUCCGCUGGAACAACUAUCAGAACACGAUGACAUCAGUGUUUCAACAGCUGCGCGAGGAUCUGUCCUUUGUCGAUGUCACAUUGUCCUGCGAACAUGGAUCCCUCAAGGCGCACAAGGUUGUUUUGUCCGCCUGCUCGACGUAUUUCCAAAAACUACUGCUCGAGAACCCGUGCAAACAUCCCACGAUCAUCCUGCCCGCCGACAUUAUCUUCACCGACCUCAAAACCAUCAUCGAUUUUGUUUAUCGCGGUGAAAUUGACGUCACCGAAUCGGAAUUACAGGGCCUCUUGCGCACCGCCGAGCAGCUAAAGAUCAAGGGCCUCUGCGAAACCGCCGAGAACGCGGAUGACCUGAACGACGCGGCCACCGCAACGAUCACAGUUUCGGAGAACAUUCAGCAGGCGGUCGUUGGUAAUAUCGUGAACGCGACCAUUGUGCCCGGAGCUCCUUCGCCCUCGUUGGAACAGCAGCAACACCACCAGCAGCAGCAACAGGAGCAACAUCAGCAACAGCAGCAACAGCAACAACAGCAGCAGGUGCAUGCACAGCAGCAACAGCAGCAGCAAAUCAACGCUGGCUUGCUGACACAACACGGAGUGGCAAGCGGAAGUGUCUCGCUAUCCGGGCAAUUGCUAAGCUCCUCCGCAAGCGGCAGCAGCGGAAGUUCGGCCGGCGGACAGCAGGGAACGCAGACGCCAUCCGGUUUGCAGCCGACGCCACGAAAGUCGCGACUUAAGCGCUCCAAGUCGCCGGAUUUGCCAGUUGGAGGCGCAGGCGGCGGAGGAGUUGGAGGAGCAGCCGGAGGCCCGAGUGGCAGCUCCACGCAGCAGCAACAGCAGCAACCGCAACCGGCACACCACCACCACCCGCAGACCAUUCUCAUCCAGGGCCAGAAUCCCAAUUCGAUUGUUAGCCUGCAGCAAACGGCCGACGGCAAUUAUAUACCAGUGACGGGAACCGUUGACGAUUCCGACGCCGAGGAUCACGAUCACGAGCACGAACACGAGGGACACCACGGAGGACACCAUACGCACGGCGGAGGACACGGCGGACACGGUCACGGUCACGAUCACAGUCACAGUCACAGUCACGAGCACGAGCACGAGAGCAAACCGAACAAGAUCUGCAAGACCGAGCAGUCGGUGGCCUCGCCGGCAUCGAAUUCAUCGAGCGGCUCCAAUAAUGCAGCGGGCGUGAGCGGCGUGACAUCCACCGGCCAAGCCAUCGUCACACAAAUUGUAGUAGCGCGCGACGGAAAAGAUACAAAAAAUAUGACUAGUUUAGGCAUGGGCAUGAACGGCGGCCUGUUGGGCGUGCCCAUGGGUUUCCUGGACUUCACACCCGAGCCACCAGCACCAUCCGCCACCCCAGUCACCGUUACGGAGCACGUCGAUCUGUCCUGCAAUCCGAGCACGGACACGCGCGAUCUAUCAAAUCCCACCGAACCGCUCGAUAUAGACAAUCAUCUGGCCCAGCAGAUCCAUCGGCUCGAUCAGUCCCCCAUGCACUCGAUAUCGCAUCACCAUACCGGCGAUGAGAGCAACUCGAACCUGGUGCAGCACAUCAAAAGCGAGGUGAUCGAGGCUAAGCAUCUGGCAGCUGCCCAGCAGCAUGCGCUUAGCCAGCAGCAACAUGCCCAUCACCACCAGCAACAGCAGCAGCAGCAACACCAGCAGCACCAGCAGCAGCAACAGCAGCAGCAACAGCAGCAGCAGCAGCAGCAGCAGCAGCAGCAACAUCUUCAUGCCCAGCAGCUGUUGGCCCAGAGUCAGUUGCAGCAGCAGCAGCAACAGCAGCAACACCACCAGCAGCAGCAGCAACAGGCGGCUGCAGCAGCCGCAGCAGCAGCAGCAGCUGGUGUCCACGGUCAGCAUGGGGGACACGUGACGCACGCCGACAUCGGCGGUGCCACCGUCAUGGAGAUUGAUCCGAGCCAGAUUAAACACGAGCCGGGCAUGAUAAUAACGCCAGAGAUUGUCAACAUGAUGUCCUCGGGGCAUAUGGACAUGUACAACUCGGACACGAGCGAGGAUUCGAUGAUGAUCGCGAACGGCUCGCCGCACGAUCAGAAGGAGCCGCACUAUACGAACUUGGACCAGCAGCACGGCGGUCUGGGCGGCAGCGUUUGUGGGCCGGGGGGCCCGGCGGGCGGCGGUGGUGCUGGUGGCGGUGGGGGCAUGAGUGGUGGGGCUGGCUCUGGCUCUGGCGAGAAAGAUGCAUUAAAGAACCAAAACAUGAGCCUGACGAAAGCAUCCGCCAUUUAUGGCAUCCCAUCGACCACCCUGUGGCAACGCGCUCAUCGCCUGGGCAUCGAAACGCCCAAGAAGGAGGGCGGCACCAAGUCGUGGAACGAGGAUGCCCUGCAGAACGCCUUGGAGGCGCUGCGUUCGGGUCAGAUAUCCGCGAACAAAGCGUCCAAGGCCUUCGGCAUCCCAUCCUCGACGCUCUACAAGAUCGCCCGGCGCGAGGGCAUCCGCCUGGCGGCGCCGUUCAAUGCCGCCCCAACCACGUGGACGCCCGAGGAUCUGGAGCGCGCCUUGGAGGCGAUACGGGCGGGUAACACCUCGGUGCAGAAAGCCAGCGCUGAGUUUGGCAUACCCACAGGAACACUUUACGGACGCUGCAAACGGGAGGGCAUUGAGCUGUCGCGCUCGAAUCCGACGCCCUGGUCCGAGGAUGCCAUGAACGAGGCCCUGAACUCAGUGCGCGUUGGCCAAAUGUCCAUCAACCAGGCGGCCAUCCACUAUAACCUGCCCUACAGCUCGCUCUACGGACGCUUCAAGCGCGGCAAAUACGAUGUGGUGGCCAACACGAGUGGCGUCGCGCUGCUCAACACCUCGGGCAACACCACCGGCAGCAUUGAGAUUAUCGAGCACAGUCAGGAGAACUCGCAACAGUUCCCGUACAGUCCGUCGCCGCAUCCGCCAACGCCGCAGCACCACAGCACGCCGCAGCACCACAGUACGCCGCAGGGUCCGCCGACGCCGCAGCACAUGCAACAGCACGUGGUGCACAUGCAGCAGCAGCAGCAACAGCAGCAACAGUCGCCCCAUCCUGGCCACCAUCCGCAGCACAUGCAACAGGAUGUGGUCACAUCGAGCAGCCAGGUGGUGCACAGCCAGCAGCAGCAGCAGCUUCAGCAGAUCUAUCAGCACCACGGGACGCCGGAGCGUAGUUGAGAAUCACUGCAUGCUGCGGCAUUAAUGGGCAGCACCGGCGGCGGCGGAGGAGCAGGAGGAUCAGGUGGUGGAGUAGGAGUUGGAGUAGGAUCAGGAGCCAGUACAAGCGGCAGCACGGCGGCGGCGGUCAGUAGCUCGCCGUUUGCCAGCAUAUCGGCGCUGGUCAGCGGACCGAGCAGCGCUCCACCACCGCCGGUGGCUGCCGGUGGCUCCUCGACGACAAACGUCGGCGGUAGCGGCACCAGCAAGCGCAAGAAAGCCAACAAGCAAAAGCGUUGAGAGCGGGUGGAUGGACAGCCACCACCGGAGAAGGAGCAGGAUGAGCAGGAGGAUCAGGAGGAGGAAACCAUCGCCGGAGUGGCCAGGCCCGAGGACAUCAAGUUUAGAUUUAAUUGCAAGCACUGGAAGCGCAAGCUGCGCCAGUUUCAUUUGCUAUUGUCCAAACAGUAGUCAGUCAGUCAGUUAGGAAAAAACACACAGAUGAUAAUAACACACAUGGAAUGAUCCACAGACAAGCAAAAAAAAACAGAGAAAAAUUCCCAUGGGCAGGACAAAAAAAUCAAUCACAAAAAACACUUUGAACUAGAUGAGUUGGACAUUAAUUACACAAUCGAGAUGUGUAUAAAAUGUAAAUAUAUAACGAAAUAUGCUUUAUCUACAUUAUACGGAAAACAUAGUUAUGUAGGUAAAUAGGUUCGCGAAAGUCUUUUGUUCUAGCCAAGUAAGUUUUUGGAAAAGAGAGAAAGAUACAUAAAAAAAACCAUAACUAGAUUGUAGGAGAAAAUGAAUUUUAGAUUUUUGCCUAGGCUCGAAGGAUAAUGAAUUCGUUUUGGGCUCGCAGUUUUAAGAGCACUUUGUUAUUAAUGGAAAUGGACACGCGUACAUACAUAUAUAUUUUCGACCCGUAAUCAUUCUGAGAACCUUGAUGAACCUAGCAGCUAAUUGCGGAAUUCAAACAAUUGAACCCUUCUAAGUGUUGCUAUAAUUUUUGCUAUAAUUUUUGCUUAGUGUGAGACUGAAAGUGCGCCUAAAACUGUAGAAAAAAAAAACACAAGCCCAAAACUAUAGUGAAUACACAUGCAACACAACAACACAUACAUGAAUCAAAUGCUUUAUAUCCAUAUUAUUUUGAGUGGAGAGAACGAAGGGAAGAACAAUACCUUAAUGUAGAAUUAAACCAAAUUAUCAAGGUCCUAGAAAUUAAACUCACUAGCUUGUAAUGACAACCGCGAACAGAUCAGAUAAGAGAAACAACAAACAAAAAAGAAAACAAGAGUUAUUUGAAUUUAGCUGAAGGCGCCCCCUGAAUCAAGAAAUAUUAAUUUUGAUUUCAACUGAAUUAAGAAUAUAGCCAAUACAUAAAUGUAGAAAUGAAGUAAUUGCAAGGAAACAACACAUGGAAUGUAUUUUUGAUAGAACCAUAAACAGAAGCAGGCGAAACUAGCGAAGCGAACUGCAAAUGUUGUUAAUGUUAAGCUCUUAAUAAUGUCCUUUCGAAAUCGCAUUCAAAACAAAGAUUUAAAGCAAGCUUGUAAGAGAAAUCAACCAAUAAAUACACACGUAUAUAUAUGGAUACAUAAAAA